CUCCCACUCUUACAUGCCUCGCUCCCACUCCCACCCACCUCGCUCCCUCUCCCACAUCCCUCGCUCCCACUCCCACCCGCCUCGUUCUCACUCCCACCCGCCUCGCUCCCACUCCCACCUCGCUCCCAACUA